CCGACGCUGGCUUCAGCUAUGUGGCAGGGGAGGAGGGGUGUCGGUGAUGGUGGUGGUGCUGCGGUACAACAGCAUGAUUGUUCCCCUUUUCUGCUGCUGCUCCUUCAAUCGUGGAGUUAGGAUCCAGGACGGUGAACACAUAUUUAGCAGAACAGUGGCGCUACUGAUUUCCACCACCAGCAGCAGAGUGGCUGCAGUCCAGUUGUAGGAAGGAGGACAGAGGAGUGGUUUGGAAACUAAAGAUCACUUUGGCUUGACUCAUGCUCACAAAGGCGUGGACCGGCUUGGCUGUGUCUUUCUCUUCCUCACACCCCUCAUCCUGGUGAAGACUAAAGUAGAGGUUUGGAUGCAGGUCACAUGUUGGCUGCUGUGCCUUGGCUUGGCUGGGGCACUUGCACUGCUGCACAAAGACCAGGUGGCCCAGCAUGCCAUCAAGCUCUAUCGGGGCAAAGGGGGCACGCACGGCCACAGCUGGGUGGCCAGCAACUGCAAGCGGCUGGUGGGCCUCCUGCAUCAGAAGAAUGUGGUUGUCAAGAAGCUGGCAGCAGCUGCAGAUGCUGUUGGAAGAGACCAAGGCCUUUCAGAUCCAGAGAAGCACUUCCAGGUUCACACUUUGGAAGUUUUCCAGAAGGAGCUGAAUGAAAGCGAGCACCUGGUGUUCCAGGCGGUGCACGGCCUGCAGAGGGCGCUGCAAGGAGACUACAGAGAUGUGGUCAACAUGAAGGAGAGCAGCAGACAGAGGCUGGAGGCCCUCAGAGAGGCAGCCAUAAAGGAAGAACAGGAAUACGUGGAGUUGGUAGCUGCUGAGAAACACCAACAGGAAGCUGUUAAGAGCGCUUUGGCCCAGAACAAGACUCUAUCCAUGCUGGAUGAGAUCCUGGAGGAUGUCAGGAAGGCAGCAGAUCGACUAGAGGAGGAGAUUGAGGAGCAUGCGUUUGAUAACAACAAACAGAUGAAAGGAGUGAAUGUGGAGGCAGUGCUGAGAGUGGAGGAAGAUGAGGAGAAUGGAGGGAAGAGGAAGAACAAGUCCAGGCAGAAAGAAGUGGAGGACGACCUGGGACUGAGCAUGCUCAUCGACUCGCAGAACAACCAGUAUGUCCUGACUAAACCACGAGACUCCACGAUGCCAAGAGCCGACCAUCACUUCAUAAAGGACCUGGUGUCAGUAGUGAUGCUAUCUCUGCCCUGUGGCUGGAUUUGUACUCUGGUGGGGCUUCCUCCCAUGUUUGGAUACAUCAUCUGUGGGGUUCUGCUUGGUCCUUCUGGCCUCAACAGCAUCAAGUCUAUGGUUCAGGUGGAGACUCUGGGGGAGUUGGGUGUGUUCUUCACUCUGUUUGUGGUGGGACUGGAGUUCUCACCUGAGCGCCUUCGGAAGGUCUGGAAGACUUCUGUUCAGGGGUCGUGCUACCUGAGUCUGCUGAUGGUCGGAGCCGGUUUGUUGUGGGGACAAGUCCUUCGUAUUCGACCCACUCAGACGGUCUUCAUUUCCACUUGUUUGUCUCUGUCCAGCACUCCUCUAGUGUCCCGCUUCCUAGCAGGAGGAAGCAGAGGGGACAAAGAAGAUUCACUUCUGAAAUAUUUAUCUUCCACUCCUGCCACUAUUGGAUCAACAGCAGCCUCCACAUCCACCUCAACAACAGCCACUACUGGAUCAACAGUAGCCUCCACAUCCACCUUGGUACCCAGUGAUGGAGGGCUCUCUGACACCCAACCUGGAAGCAGUGAAAACAUACCCACAGUCCCCUCUACAUCAGACCAGCCUGUUAAUCAAAUAGGUGACCUGGACUACAGCAGCGUUCUUCUUGGGAUGUUAGUGAUGCAAGAUGUUCAGCUCGGCCUCUUCAUUGCUGUGAUGCCGACUCUGAUCCAGGCUCAGAGCGGGGAUCUGGACAGCUUUCUGUUUGGAAGUCUCCGUGUCCUGUAUCUCCUGGGCCAGGUGCUGGGGUCUCUGGCUGCUGUGCUGCUGCUGUGUUUGUUACUCAGAUCCUUCCUGAUUGGCCCUUACUACAAGAAGCUGCACGCUGAGAGCAAAGGCAACAAGGAGAUCCUGGUGCUGGGGAUGGCAGCUUUUGUCUUUUUCAUGCUGACGGUAACAGAGUUUCUGGAUGUUUCUAUGGAGUUGGGUUGCUUCCUGGCCGGAGCUCUGCUGUCCUCACAGGGUCACAUGGUCACAGCGGAGGUCAUGGGAUGCAUCGAACCAAUCAGGGACUUCCUUGCCAUCAUCUUCUUUGCAUCUAUCGGUCUCCACGUGUUCCCGACGUUUGUCCUGUACGAACUCACCAUCCUGCUGGUGUUAACGCUCACUCUUGUCAUUAUGAAGUUCAUGAUGGCCGUACUGGUGCUGUCGGUGAUCCUGCCUCCAGGAUCUCGACACAUCCGGUGGAUCGUCUCGGCUGGUCUGGCUCAGGUCAGCGAGUUCUCCUUCGUUCUGGGCAGCCGAGCACGUCGAGCUGGUAUCAUCUCCAGAGAGGUGUACCUGCUGGUCCUCAGUGUCACUACUCUCAGUCUGCUGCUGGCUCCGCUGCUCUGGAGAGUCACCACACACAAAUGGGUUCCUCGCAGCGAACGCAAAAUAGUCACAUGACCAAACCAAAUUGCGGACUUAAAGGUUCACAUGUAAGUUGUGCACACCCGCCAGCGGCAUCACAAGAAGUCUUGCUGCAUUCUUGCUGGACCAAAUCUCCUCCUUCUUCUUCUUGACUUAAGAUUUGGUUGCAACUUUAGAGGAGAGAAAAUAAUAUUUGCUACAUUUUGACUUCAGAUUCCUGAAAAACACCUCCUUCAGACAGUCAUGAAGGUGGUUUGCCGUGUGUUAUCCGUUACAUUUAUCCAUUACAAUUUCUCCAGCAUUAUAUAUAUGCACAAAAUACCCCAUACUGUAUUGGAUAUAGCGUACUUAAGUAGUUCUACAUCCUGUCAAAGGAAUUCCAAACUUAUCGAACCCUUCACCUUUUUGGAAAAAUGUUGAAGGCUUGAAAGGAUCUGCAACUUAACUGAUAGUGGUGUUGACAGUUUAGAAGAGAAGCACAAAUGGUUUGAGAUCUUUCCAGUUCUGAUGCCUUUAAUACAUCUUAAAAGUGUGCAGGAAUUAAAAAGAGAGAAUUAUCCUCUUCACUGUUUUCAGCCAUGUGAAGUAGAAAUGAUUUGUUUCUUGAAGUUGAAUCUGAAGUUUUCCUCUGUGAAGAAAUGAGCCAAAUCUGACAGUUCAGCUGUGAUGUCACUUCUGGUUUGAAGCCUCAAGUUUGGCCUGUGUUUGUCACUAUCUUGUUUUUUUACAUUCAGAUGUAAAGAGGGAGGGAAGGUUCUAGUAGAGGCAAUAAGCAUACCCUGCUUUAUCAUCUGUUUUACUCUCAAUGGGGCCAUAAUUGACAAAAGGAACACCAUGCUGGAUUGAUGGAGACCUGAAACUCGUUAUUUAGACCAUAAACACAUUAGGAAGAUAUAUACUGAGAUAAUAAAUCAAUUGAAAAGUGGGGUCAUUUUCUCAUAGAAUUCUGUGAGAUCUGACUUCUUUUCUUGGGACCAGAAGAGUCACCGCCAUUUGAAAGAAGCAAGUUUAAAGCGCUUAUACAUUGGUUUCACUUUAAGGACAUUGAGACAACGUCCAUUUUUUUGCAUACAGUCUAUGUUUCAGCUCCAUAUUUGGUUUGAAUGUUUUUGUUAUUUAAACAGGGAAGCCUUUUUUGUUUCAUUUAAAAUCACCUCUGUCCUUCAGAUAAUUUACAUUCCUAUUUGUCACUUUCCUUGCUCUGAUAUAGGUUAUUGUAGAAGACAGAUUCUGCUUCUCCCUCCAUCUGCUGUAUUAAAUCAAUGAUACUUGUAGUUUAUUCGGAUCUUCGUCCUACUGUGAAUUUAGGUGCGAUAGCACACUACAGUAAUUCUGCUUACAAACCUCUCUUUUCUGCACUAGAAAACUAAGAAUGUUGAAAAUGAAACACAAUAUUAGGGAGCAGAAGUAAUUCAGAUGUUCAUGAAAAUGUAUUCAUUGAUGCUACAUGUGAAGAAAAACCCUGCACUAGUUACCACUGAAUGUCAAAUUUAUGUGCCUGCUCAGCACUCCUCUGCACUAAAAUCAAGGCUUUGAGGAGUGUAAUCUCGCUGUAAGGGCGAACAUCUCAUGCUCUAAACAUCCUCAUCUUCUGAUUCAUAAUGUGCAAUGUAAAUAUGUGUAGCACAGACACUUUUUCCUGUAUAAUUUAACAUUGUUCUCAAUUAUUUUCCUAUGGUGUGUUAACAGAGAGGCUUUUUCAGUUUACAUAUGUGUGGGUCAGUGGCCAUAAGUUAUGCUCCAAGGCACAAAGAAGAGCUGUUUUCAUCCAAAUGUUCAUGUAUUUUUACAUUGUCAAAGUAAGUCAUUUAUUUAUUAAAAAUAAGAUGACAAAGAA